AUCCCACUCACUGCCCCCUCCAGGUUUCAUUUUUUAAUUGCAAAAACAGUGCUCUCUAAAAUCUUUUAAGGUCAGCCACCUAAGGCUUUCUACCCCUAACAGCCACACCCAACCUUACUAUUCUCCCUGGGAUGCUAUGGGAAACAAAGCAACAAUUAGGAAACUUAAAGUGUUUCUGCAGGGGGGUUAGCACUUCCUGGCUGUGUAUAUUCCUGUGUUUCACUCGUGCAAGUAUAAAGUGUUCAUCUGCACUCUCCUGUCAGACUCCAUGAUCCAAAAAUUAUUGGGAAGGGUAAAACACACACUGGCAACAUGGCCUGAUCCAUAUCUCCAAGGCAGGAUUGACACUGUUCUCCCACCAGAUGUAGACAGAGAUUUCUGGAUGUUUGCUAGAGGCCAUAUCACCAGUGUCCUUUACCUUUCCCCUUGCCUCUGCCUCCCCUUGUGUAUUGCUACAUAUUUAAUGAAGUAGAAUAUGUUUUCCAGCAACUUGGGGAAAGUGAAAGGAGCUAGGAAAGCAAAAAUGCCACACUGACAGUGUCACCCCAGCAUCCACAGCACAUACUGUGACAGGUUGUCUUCCAUGAUUCGGGAUAGAGAGCAUCUGGGCUCUCAGGGCACAUUCUCUGGGCUUUUCAAAGGAGCAGGAGUUGUACAAAGCUGUUUGAGUGAUAAUUGGAACAUUCCUUCAGCACAAGAAGUGCAGUUGCAGAUGAUAGAUGGGCGGGUUGCUCCGGGGUACUUUUUCUUCCCUUUCCAGACUGUGUCCAUGAAAGUGCUGUGUCUUGGAUCCUUAUUCAUCAUUUCUUCUGGUAUGAAAUGUUGAAAAUGAAUGAAGUAUCCUUUCCUGACCAUUAUUUGGAAAUUAAUUUCAAGAUAUUUGUCCAGGGCUGGCCUCUUUGCCUUUUUACAUGAUGAAAAGCUAAAACAGGUUCUCCUUUAGUCCCUCCUCAAAAAUCUCUGGUCCUUUUUGGUACAUGGAACACAAUUAUCACCUCUAAUUUAAAACUCAUUCUUUAUUUUAAGUGAUAGAAUCGAGUGUCUCAUAGAGAACGUGAAUAAAAGGUGUGCUGAAGUCCUUUGACAGUAUCCAUCAGAGUGGCUCUCACAUACUGAUCAAGGACACAGAAAGGGAAUAGUGUAAGGCCUCCUAUCAGGAUAUCUGGGGAGGAAAGAAUCUGUCUCCAUCCAUGGCCACCAUGCUUGAAUCAUAUUCACUUGAUUUGCUGUCCAUCAGUAGCUUUACACCACCAUCCACUGACACAGGCCUACAGCACUGCACUUUCAGGUAAAGAAUACAAGGAAUCUAAAUACCACAUAGCUUACCUAGUGUGGGUAAAGUACCUUUGGAUAGUGUGUGUGUGUGUGUGUGUAUGUGUGUGUGUGUGUGUGUAUGCGCGCGCCUCUACUUUCUUCAACACUCAGUAGACUAUAUAGGGAGGCCAUGUCACUUAUCCCCAAUUCUUUAUCUACCUAAAGAAAAGGGUCAGAGGCAGCUCUAACAUACAGAUUCUUAUCUGGAAAACUGUUUGAGAUAUCUAGAUCUGAAGGAAACUGAGAGAAAUCUUACUGACUGCUAUUAUUUGGAGUGUCUCCCUUUGUCUAAUUCACUAAAGCAAACUCUUAAAAGACAUCCUUUUGAGCUAUGGGUCAACACUGUUUUCCCAGAAAACAGUGUUAUAGAGGCUUGUUCACUUAUAUUUGAGAUAAAUCCUUUUUCCAUCUUCUUAGUUCUCUAUACUAAAAUAUCCAAGACUGGCCCAUCUAAAAUCCUGUUUGUUUGUGUAGUUAUAGGAAUUAAGCUCUCCAAGAUCCAGAUUUUGGCAGACUCGCUUUCUGAUGUGGGAUUCUAUACUUUGGAGAUGGUACUUUUUGUCAUACUGGAUCUUUACGUGACCAAAGAGAGGGAAGCAGCUCCCUCCUACAGCUAUAUAAGGAUCUUGUCGGUGCAUGAAGGUUCUGCUCCUCAAGCUCCUCUAGCCCCCCCCCCCCACUACAAUCAGAUUGGCUAUUUCACUUCAAUAUACGAGUUCAAGAGGACACUCUCUAUCACCAGCCAAGAAAUGAAAAACAGCAUAGUCAUUUUGGUUAGUUUCAGCUUUUCUCAAUAAAAGGUGUGUUCUUUAGCAUCAAGACAGAAGCUCUAUAUGGGGAACCUACCCAAAAUGUUCAUGGGCUUUGAAACAGGAAGAGAUGCAAAUAGAAGCCAGAAUAACCUUCACUGCACCAGCCACCCAGAAAUGAAUUAGUUAUUAGUCAGGAUGGGAUCAAAAGCAUGUGCUCUAGCCACACCUGUGAUCCCAGCAGUGAAGGGUAAAAGCAGAAGGUUCCAGAGUUCAAGGCCACCUUCAGUUCUGACUACCUGGGAGCCUAGAAAAAGGUUGUAGAGUUCAAGGCUAUCUUCAGCUCAGGCAAACUGCCUCAGAAAUCAAAAACAAACAAAGCAUACACUUUAAACACUCAUUGAUUCAGACAAUGUCAGGUUUUAGAUUGUUCUCAUCUUAUACCAAAAUCAUUUUUGUAACUAUGUCUUCCUCUAUAAAGAAAGAUUCCUCUUUACCACAUUAAUAUAAUUACAUCGGGAUAGUAUUCAACUUGGCAGUCACAAGUAACUUGAACAGGUGAACACAGGGUCUAAGUGAUGUAGAAAGUAUGAAGUCAGGGAUUGGAAUCUUUGUUAUCUUCCAAAACUAUCCUAGAUUACUCAUGUUACUUUCAUUUUCAACAAUACUCAUUGAUAAGUACUCUUCAUUUUGUUACGUUGGUAUUAUUCCUAGGUCAUUUAUCAUCUCCACACCUUCAUCUGUGUGCCAGGGCCUCAAGGGACUACCAUAGUUGAACAUACUUGCAGGCACACAGAAACACACUCACACUUUCUCUAUUGAUCUGGGCUUUUCUUCUGUGCAUUAGAUGCAUUACAAAUCUGCUUUUAAUGGGCCUCUCUGUAUCCCCACAGAAAUCUUUCUGGUGCUCUCCUGGUCCCAACAUUUGCUGGGUGCACAUUUAAUAUGUGUUAGCUUACUGCCUGAAGAUGGAAUCAGGGACAUCUACCUGCACAUGACAGUGCUUUGGCUCUCGCAGUUGCAGAACUUAAUGUAUGUAUCAGUAAUGAAAAUCUUAAUUAAGAAAGCUGCAUCAUUGUCCACGAACACUCAUUUUUCUCCCCCUGCAAAGCCCUUUGUGUAUUGCAGUAUAUACCUGGUCCAGACAGACAGAGCCCUCGAAGAGCUUGUCUGGCAGAUCUUCUUUUGAUUAUUAACAGCUAGCAAAUGACAAAGUCUCACUUCCUUUUGUCUUGAAGCCGAGGCUUGAAACAGCAGAGAACACAAUGUACUGUACAGUUUGUUUGUGUUUUUUGAAACUUGCCUUUAUUACGGUGGUUUAAAAAUCCGGCAGUGUUGAUCAAAACUAAUUUAGGUAACUUAGAGUUACCAAAACACUAGCAGAUGCAUAUUUACACACAUACACUCUCAGAGAACUGAAAUGUUCCCUAUAGAAAUGAUGCAAAGCAUGAGAAGAGACAGUCUCAAGCUGUCUGCUCAGGUUUCGGGACCUUUGGUCUCCAAAGCCAGAAAGCUGCAAUGUCCCCAUUUGUGUGACCUUAGCAGUUAUUUCUCUGCCUGUGCCAGUGUGUGUUGGUCAAUUUGCCUUGCUGUUGUGUAGGAAAUAGGAGCUUUGGAAGGUGGAGUAACUUUGUACAGACAAUAAUAACUAUACCCAUAAAAUCUCAAAGACUUCAAGAAAGCCCUUUGAAAAGGUGGCUUUUAAUUUAAUUAUCUUUAUGAAACAGUAAUCAAUUGUAUUUUAAUAAUGCCCAAAUCAUAAACUCCAGAAUAAAAAUUAACUUAUGUUAAAGUGAUUUAAAAGCUUCAAAGCAUUUCAUUUUGUUCCUGUUAAGUCUAUGACCUUAACCCAUAACCUACAUGCUAAGAAAGAAUCUCAUGUUCUCGCCCAGUUAUGGAUUCUUCAGCCGUCUACAUUCCAUGGGCUUCUCGACUGUACUGUAAACCUGUUUCUGGAAGAGCAAUGUAAGGAACUGAGUUGAGCUCAAGCCAUGGAGUUAUAUAACACUUCCUACUGGACUGGAGACCUAAAGAUGGUCAACCGUGACUAUUUAGGCCCUGCUGUCUGCAUGCUGUGUAUUUGUCCUUCAGUCUGACUGUGGGUGGGAGGCCACGCUACACCGGGUGGUGCUUGUGUGCUCUUUAUUUCAUCUAGUUCUUGACAUUUCACAUGCUUUAUCUCCUUUAUUUUCAAAACCACUAGAAAGUAGAUAAUGGUCAGUUUUCCAGGUUUCUAAAUCAAGAAAAAAAAAAACUUGUAUGAAUUUUCUCUUUGUAUAUCAUGAAAAAUAUAAAGAAGGCUUCAUUGUGGGGAAGUCACUUUCAAGGAGCAUGAUUAAUUAAUAUCUCAGAGUUACAGUCAUAACAUGUUUAAUUAAGGUUAAAUAUGAAAAGUAAGUAAGAAUGAAAUUGAACUUUUUGUAGUUGGACCACACCCCAAUAAGAGAUAGAAAAGAACCUAUCAGGAUGCGUGCAUGCUAGACAGGAAAAUGGUAGACAGGUUGCAUUAGGCUGAAUAAUUUCCCUUUUCAUGAACUAUCUGUUAACCAGUGCCACCAUAAGUCCUAAAGCAACUGGCAAGUGCUUAACAUAGGAGGAUAAUGUAGGUUCAUGGUGUAAGGUAUAGAAGAAGCUCCAGAAAUGUGUGAAAAAGAAAAUGAGUGAUUGCCCAUGGACAAUUAAAGGGUAGCUCAGGUGCUGUUGCAGAGACUAACUCAAAAGAACACUACUUCUUUUUAAUUUCUAGAUUUUUCAGUUAUGUUUUGGGGUGGGACAUGGGUGAGUCAAACAUAUAUAUCAAGGUCAGAGGAUAGUUUGAGGGAAUAUGUGAAUUGGGGUGGACUCCUUCCACUGUGGGAUCCAGAAGGAUCAAACUCAAGUUGUCAAGCUAAACACAGUGUUUUUAACCCACUGAGUGAAUAAGUUUCUUAAUUUUAGAAAGUCCUUGAUUAGAAAUUAGAAAUCCAAUACAGUACUAGGUGUUGGACUUCAGUUUUCCAAAAUGUAAGUUGUUGUGGAAUUUUUGAAAAUUCUAAAUAUCUGAAAUUUGGGUAGAUUGGUGACUACCAUCUGUGAAGCACAUAAUCACACAUGCACAGACAUAAACAAUCAGACACAUGCACACACAAUCACAAUGUAAAAUAUGUGUCCUCCUAUGAGUCAUCAAUAAAAAGGCUUGAGAAUCAUAAAGAAAUGUAGGUCAAGGUAAGAUCUGCCCCCCUGGCGUUUAUCUACCGUUUGCUUAAAAUGCAAGAGCAGCGAGACUAGACUCCCUGAAUGUGACCGCCUUCUCGUAACUGACUCACAGCUUUUCAUCUCCACUAACAUUUCAUUGUGUUUCCUCAGUUUUCAAAUAUUACACACACACAUGCACACACACACGCACGCGCGUACCACAGUGUACAUGUAAAAGUGAGAGAAGAAAUUUCAAGGUCAGUUUUUGCUUGGCAGUGGGCACUUUUGCCCACUGUGCCAUGUCACCAGCCUGAUCUCCCCACCACUGCAAUGCCUGAAGUAUUAUAUAGUGUAUUCUCUGUGGUCUAGUCUACAAGCUAAGGGAUCCAGCUGGCCUAGGGCACACGGGUGUCUUGUAGCUCCAGCCAGAGGCCUUUAGAAAGCAUACUAGCUGACUGACUGUCAGGAUGCUAUUGGGCCACCCUUUUCUCUCACGUGGAAACACAUCUGCUAACUGUGCUGUAAGUGAUCCUUGCAGCAAAUAUGUGCAGUAGUUGUCCUAGGGCAUCGGCUUUACAUUAAUGCUUAAUAGGACACUCAGAGUUAGGUCGGUUUAAAUGCCUGCUACUUCCUUACUCGGAAAGCACCUCUAAAUGUAGCAAUAGCAUUUCUUUCUAUGCAAACUUCUGUACAUAAAAAGGUUUACGUUUUAAAACAAACAUUUUUUUUUUUUUGAGCUUUAUCCAAAUUCAAAAAAAGCAUCUGAAAAUUUUAACAGCUGAAAAACACUUUCUCCUUGCUGGGAAAACUUAAACCUUGCUAGGUUUUAUGCAACUUUAAAAAAAAAGAAAGCAAGAAAGAAAGACUUCUGUGCUGAGAAGCAGCGUGAGAAAUCUCAGCAUGAGAGGUUGUUGGAAUUGUUUUUCUUCAUAGAGCUAAAACCAGUCCUUGGGUUUAAAGUGAUGCCACAGUAUACAUGUGCUUUGUCAGGAACAAAGAAUUUUUUCAUCAAAUCUAAUUUCAAGGGCAUCUUGAAUAAAAAAUAGAAGGGCUAGAGAAAGGCUACUUCAGCGGCGAUCCAGUGUCUAGAAGCAAGGUUGAGCACAUCGUUGUAUCAACAAGGUCUGGAGACACUGCUAGCCCUGGGUGCUUGUAGCUGCCCAUAAACCUUGAAGCGGUCUAUUUUAUUAUUGUCUCACUCAGCCCUUACUUAGCCCAGAGUGUCUCACAAGGGAAGCACUGCUCUGGGAUGGUGCCCUGGACUUUCUUCUAUUUGUUUCAGCACUUCAGUAAAUGGUCUCAAGAAAUGGUCUGUUACCUGCCAUCAUGACCUGCAUGCAUUUGCUGAACAGUUUUUCAAAUAAAACAAAAUUCUAUGGCAGUUUCUAGAAACGUGAACCAUUUUCAAGACAAUAUCCAGUGAGAAAUGCCUAGAGACAUGUCCGUAUGAGUGCGUGUUGAGGACACAUAUGUUACUCUGGAUUCCUAAGCUCAGGACAAUGAAACGAGGCUGGACAAUACAAACAGGAAGAUUGAACUUAUAUAUGUAUUUAUAACCCAUGCUCUUAACAGUAUACCUAUGUGGAAGUGACUAUAAAAUAGACCCACAUGUGUGUUUAACAAAAAAUCUUGUUCCUCUUAAUAGGCCCUAGGGGAUAAAAGAUAACACAAAUUUGGGCUUAUUUGUUUGAGUUUCAGGCAGCACUGUUGUUGUUUGUCUAUCUUUACUUUUUGAGACAAACUGGCUAUAAAGGUCAGGCUGACCUGUUGCUCAUAAUGUAGCUUAAAGUGGUCUUAAAUUCACAGUUCUGCUCCUGCCUCAACCCGCCCAGUGCUACAUAGAUGUGCAUGAGCACACCUGACACAAAGCAUGACGUUUUUAACAUCACCGUGGCUAGUUGUAGUGACCAAGGAGGUCGUGGGUGGGAGGUCAUGCAGCAGCACACCUCUCGUACAGAUACGGUUUUUAUAUGGCCUUCCUGGAAGACAAGCUUAGAUAUUUCAAGACCUCAGAAAAUGUUUUCAGCACCUUCUGUGUUCCAAAUUGAGUUGAGUUCGCAUCGUGUUUCAGUAUAACUGAGUAGCACAGGCUGGCAAAUUCCCUGCCUUCCUAUUCACCAAAAUCCAAAAUAGAACUCACAAAAACUCCUUCCUUCUCAUCCCUCUUUAAAAAACGCCCCACUGUGGCCCCCCAGGGAGGAAGAAGAAGAAAAAAAAAUCCAGUAAAUAGAGCCAGCCCUGAAAGACAAAUCCCCAGCUGUAGCUCUAGCACUUUGCUCAGUACUGUGAGCUUGCUAGAGCUGGCACAUUUUUUAUAAUACAGAUGCAUAAAUGUCUGUCUGAGGCAGAGGAAUCCAGCAUCCCCAGUGUUGCCCGAUGCCUUGGUCCUAGAACAAAAGACCCCGUUUUCUACCUCACUUUGUAUAUUUUUAAUUGUGACCUUCUAUAACUGAUUUUACAUAAAGUUUGGAGAAAACAACCUUUUUUUGAGACUUUCACAGCAUUCUUCCAAAUGUAGACUUUUAGAUAUUUACAGUGAUAUAUGUAAAUUUGGACUUCUUUAAAAUGCAUAUUAGUUUAAUAAUGACUUAUUUCAGAAAUGGUUAUGUGAUAUACGAACUAUAAAUAGUUGUUUAAAACCAAGAUAUGUGUUAAAAUUUUGAGACCAUGAGAUAUAUGUGCAUUUUUAAGGUAUAGCUUGUGUUCUGAGUGCCCUUUUUUAUUUCUUCAAAAUCCUUUUAUAGAAUAAAUACUUAGAUAGAUAACGCUGAUGAAAGUGAAAGAAAGGGAGAGUGUACCAUUCGCAAAACUCCUCUCAAGCAUCCUAAAUUAGGACAGAUUUUGGCUAAAGUUCAGAACUGCUCCCAAGGAUAGUGAUUAGAUUACCUGAAGCUGAACAGCUAACAUACACCUGGAACCCCAACAUUGGCAGAGAGAGGCAGGAGAGUGGCGUUCAAGUCCGGUUUUGUCUACGUAGCAGGUUGUUGGGCCUAAGCUUCAGAAAACUCGGAAAGAAGAGCAGAAAAAUGACACUGACCCAAGUCUUUAAACGAAGAGUGCAACAAGAGCCAUUUGUACAGAGAUGGUUCUGGGACGCAGACCUAUAUUUGAGACUAGCCUCUGCUCAUUCCUCUAUCCUUUGGAUGCAGCCACUCUCUGUUCCCUGCCCCAAUGAACAUCUGCACUAGGCCCAAGCCUUGGAGUGAUUUACCUGAAGAGUGACACCAAUUAUCUGGAAACUACUAAAGUAUAAUUGAGAGGAACAGGGUGAAGGAAAUGCAAAUGCGAAAGGGAAGCAGUAGGAAGAAACCCAAGACAGCUGAAAACCAGAAGGCAUCUGAGGAGAAUGAGAUUACUCAGCCGGGCGGAUCCAGCGCCAAGCCGGGCCUUCCCCGCCUGAACCUUGAAGCUGUUUUGUCUCCAGCCGCAGCCCUCAUCCACUCGACACAGUCACUGACAAACUCUCACGCUCACACCGCUCACACCGGGUCAUCUGAUUGUGAGUACCUCGGUGACAUCAGUUGCAAGGGGAUGACCGAGCGCAUUCACAGCAUCAACCUUCACAACUUCAGCAAUUCCGUGCUCGAGACCCUCAACGAGCAGCGCAACCGUGGCCACUUCUGUGACGUGACGGUUCGCAUCCACGGGAGCAUGCUGCGCGCACAUCGCUGCGUGCUGGCAGCCGGCAGCCCCUUCUUCCAAGACAAGCUGCUGCUGGGCUACAGCGACAUCGAAAUCCCGUCAGUGGUGUCCGUGCAGUCGGUGCAAAAGCUCAUUGACUUCAUGUACAGCGGUGUGCUGAGAGUCUCACAGUCGGAAGCUCUGCAGAUCCUCACAGCCGCCAGCAUCCUGCAGAUCAAAACAGUCAUAGAUGAGUGCACGCGCAUCGUGUCGCAGAACGUGGGCGAUGUGUUCCCAGGCAUCCAAGAUUCUGGCCAGGACACACCAAGAGGCACACCAGAGUCAGGCACAUCUGGCCAGAGCAGUGACACGGAAUCAGGCUACCUGCAGAGCCACCCACAGCAUAGUGUGGACCGAAUCUACUCGGCACUCUAUGCUUGCUCCAUGCAGAAUGGCAGCGGCGAGCGCUCCUUCUACAGUGGUGCAGUGGUCAGCCACCACGAAACUGCUCUCGGCCUGCCCCGCGACCACCACAUGGAAGACCCCAGCUGGAUCACACGCAUCCAUGAGCGCUCCCAGCAAAUGGAGCGCUACCUGUCCACCACCCCUGAGACCACGCACUGCCGCAAGCAGCCCCGGCCUGUGCGCAUCCAGACCCUGGUGGGUAACAUCCACAUCAAGCAGGAAAUGGAAGAUGACUAUGACUACUAUGGGCAGCAAAGGGUGCAGAUCCUAGAACGCAAUGAAUCCGAGGAGUGCACAGAAGACACUGACCAGGCAGAGGGCACAGAGAGCGAGCCCAAAGGUGAAAGCUUUGAUUCUGGGGUCAGCUCCUCCAUAGGCACUGAACCUGACUCAGUGGAGCAACAGUUUGGGGCAGCAGCCCCAAGGGACGGUCAGGCGGAACCCGCCCAACCUGAGCAAGCAGCAGAAGCCCCAGCUGAGAGCAGUGCCCAGCCAAACCAGCUAGAACCAGGUGCCUCCUCUCCCGAGAGAAGCAACGAGGCAGAGAUGGACAACACAGUCAUCACUGUCAGUAACAGCUCCGAUAAGGGCGUCCUACAGCAGCCUUCCGUCAACACAUCCAUCGGGCAGCCAUUGCCAAGUACCCAGCUCUAUUUACGCCAGACAGAAACCCUCACCAGCAACCUGAGGAUGCCUCUGACCUUGACCAGCAACACACAGGUCAUUGGCACCGCUGGCAACACCUAUCUGCCAGCCCUCUUCACUACCCAGCCCGCGGGCAGUGGCCCCAAGCCUUUUCUCUUCAGCCUGCCGCAGCCCCUGACAGGCCAGCAGACCCAGUUUGUGACAGUGUCCCAGCCCGGCCUGUCCACCUUUACUGCACAGCUGCCAGCGCCACAGCCCCUGGCCUCAUCUGCAGGCCACAGCACAGCCAGUGGGCAAGGCGACAAAAAGCCUUAUGAGUGCACUCUCUGCAACAAGACUUUCACAGCCAAACAGAACUACGUCAAGCACAUGUUCGUACAUACAGGUGAGAAGCCCCACCAGUGCAGCAUCUGUUGGCGCUCCUUCUCCUUGAAGGAUUACCUUAUCAAGCACAUGGUGACGCACACGGGAGUGAGAGCAUACCAGUGUAGCAUCUGCAACAAGCGCUUCACCCAAAAGAGUUCCCUCAACGUGCACAUGCGCCUGCACCGCGGGGAGAAGUCCUACGAGUGCUACAUCUGCAAAAAGAAGUUCUCCCACAAGACCCUGCUGGAGCGACAUGUGGCCCUGCACAGUGCCAGCAACGGGACCCCUCCCGCAGGCACGCCACCAGGUGCCCGCGCGGGUCCGCCAGGCGUGGUGACCUGCACAGAGGGGACCACUUACGUCUGCUCCGUGUGCCCAGCAAAGUUUGACCAAAUCGAGCAGUUCAACGACCACAUGAGGAUGCAUGUGUCUGACGGAUAAGUAGUACCUUUCUCUCUUUCUCAUGAACCAAACAAAACAACAACAAAAGGAAUAAACAAGCAAGCAGACAGACAAAAAGC